AUGAAUACACACUGGCAAGACCGGGAGAUCCGGGAGCUGGUCGCCAUCCGCGCUCGGGAUGAGGUGAAACGCCAAAUAUCGGGGACCGUGCGAUAUACCGUCUUGUACGGCUACAUCGCCCGGAUGCUGAAAGACAGAGGCUUCGUCCGGGCGCAGAAGCAGGUCAUAAAUAAGCUGAAGUCGCUCAAAAAAAAGUGCAUGACCAUCAACGACAAGAUGGGCCCCGUGGCCACUCCACAUAUUGGCACUCCGCGUGGUAACUCUGCGAGCCCCUCUACGUCGCUAGAGGAGAAUCCGGUGCCCCAGACGUGCCCCUUGGAUGUGUUUAUUUGUGAUGGGGGGCGGGACGCGGACGGGACAGUCGAAACCCCGGCGUCAGAUGCUGAAGUCACCGACUGCUCGAGUCAAGCAGACUCGUCUGCGGGGCCAGCGGAAGACGGACUGGAGAGUCCCAGCCAGGCACCACAAGUGCUCCCUGUCUUGCCCAGAAAGAGGAAGAGGAGCAGGGAAGACCACACGGCUGCUCUCUUCGGGAAGGUCAUGGCUGAGCUCAAAGAAAUGGACAAGACAGCCGCUGAGAGGGAGGACGCUCGACUCAAGCUGUUCAUGGCCCAUGAAAUACAUUUGUGGGAGAGCCAGUAGAGGCUCAUAAGGGAGGACAGAGCAUGUCAGAAGCAACUUUUUGAAAUGCUGUUGACCAACCUUCAGCACCUGCAACAGUAGCCACACGCCCAGAAGUUCUCAUUUAAAAGCGAAGAAGAAGCCGUUUCCAUCGCAGAAAAACAGACAGGGGAGGUGAAGGAAGAGGCCUCUCAGAGAGAGGAGCACAUCAAUACGGUGGUGCCCUAGAGGACAUUGCUACAGACCUUUGACUGGCUGAAGAUAAACUGGCUAAUUUAUCAGCCAAUCUUCCGUUUUGUGUUUUUGUUCAAAGUAAACAUAGAGCUGCCAAAUGUUUCUGCUA